AUGAGGAGCCCUGAUGAAGAAAAUGGCCACAGCCGCAGCCCUAGUCCCAUUCCUAGGAACGAUGCAAGUCUUGCUGAUGAGUAUGAGAGUUGUGAAAUCUCUGGACCUGAUUCUGAAGUUGUGGUGGAUAAAGAAACAGAACUGGUAACCAAGGCUCAAAAUCAGAGGUCAAAGUUCCAAGUGGCAAUAGAUGACAAGUAUUGGAAUGACAGCCUCAGCGCGGUCCAUUCUGAUGAGAGGAAUCUAAAACAGACACUGAAUGGUCAGAUGUUAAUGGCUCAGCCAGAGACGAUGCAUCCUGGAUCUCAUGAUGAUUUUGAUGACCUCUAUGGUUUGAGCAAUCAAGUCGCCCAUUAUGAUCAUGCGUUUGACUUGAUUUUGGAUGUUGAAUUCUCGCAUGGUGAUUCUCCCACAGAGAAGCAAAACGAGAUAGUGGAAUCUGUAGCAAAGGCUUUAUGGUCUGUUUCAUUUCUGUUACUUAUUGACUUAGCAAAGACUGACUGCCAUGCUAAGCGAGCACGUAGACUCUGA